AUGCACAACCUCCCACUAUCCCUCACCCAACACACACACGAUCGCCAUUGUCACAAAUGGACAGUGACAAACGAAUACGGCAACAUUACCGUGCCGGGCAAGUUUCCGUCACAGGCACAUCUUGAUCUUCAUGCGGCUGGUGUGAUCACAUUCAAGCCCAUCAGCGGACUAAACAAACACUCAGACACGGAAACGUGGCUCGUGUUUGAUGGCCUCGAUACGUACGCAACCGUCAAGUUCUGCGACCAUAUCGUUGGAACGCCAGACAACCAGUUUCGACAAUGGUUCUACGACGUCUCUUCCCUACUCGCAAGCUGUAAGGACGAUCCCGUUCUCAGCAUCAACUUUGGGAGCGUCCCUCGUAUUAUCAACGCCAUCAACGCAAGCGACGACGUUCAGCACUGGCCGGCCUCGGUUGUCUAUCCCUUCGAGUACCCAAACCGCCAAUGGGUUCGCAAGGAACAAAACGACUUUGGCUGGGACUGGGGCCCAGCGUUCUCCCCCGUAGGGCCCUGGCAGCCCGGACGCAUCGUCCAGCUCAGCAAGGGAGGCGAACUGUAUACCCUCAACACUGCCAUUGACAUCUUCCGAAAGGGCCAGUUCAACAACUUUGCGCCUGACCAGAUUGCUCCCUGGGUUGUCAACGCGAGUCUCGAUUUCGUGGGAACACUGCCUGAACACGCUUCCAUGUCAGUGGUCAUUACCGAUGCCAAGGACGGUCGCUCUGUGCUGUAUUCCGGGAAACUGGAGGACAUCGCGCAGUCUGACAUGACGGUCACUGGGUCCGUAACCAUUGAUGCCCACAAGCCCAAGCUGUGGUGGCCUCGAGACAUGGGCGACCAGCAGCUGUACAACAUUACAGUCUCCGUUAGCAGCCCAGGGUCUAAGACGCCUCUCCUGGUCUCCUCACGCCGCGUUGGCUUUCGUACCAUCUUGUUCAGCUCUGGAAAUAUCACGGAUGCGCAAAUUGCCAGCGGCAUUACCCCAGGAAACAACUGGCAUUUUGAGAUUAACGGCCACGAGUUCUACGCUAAAGGGGCUAAUCUGAUCCCCCCGGAUGCAUUCUGGCCGCGAGUCACGUCCGACAGGAUGAACCGGCUGUUUGACUCUGUCGAGGCGCAAAACUUCAACAUGCUUCGAGUGUGGUCUUCAGGCACAUAUCUGCCAGACUGGAUCUACGAUAUCGCUGACGAACGCGGUGUGUUGCUCUGGAGCGAGUUCCAGUUCAGCGACACACUAUAUCCAGACAGUCCGGACUUCAAGGAGAACGUUGCUGGAGAAAUCACGUACAAUGUCCGUCGCCUGAACCACCACGCUUCGCUGGCGUGCUGGAUGGGCGGCAACGAGUUUGAGAACCUGAUGCUGCCGAUUGCUCAGGGCGCGGAUCCAGAGACUUACCCGUACGUCCUGGGCCAGUACGAGGAUCUCUUCAUCAAGACAAUGUUCAACAUCAUUGCCGCCAACAGCCAUUCCAUCUCGUACAGCCCCUGCAGUGCAAACAAUGGCUGGCUCGAGAUUGAUCUUGACCUCCCUGUUCCCAUCGUCGAGCGGUACUACAACACCACCCCCGGACAUAUCUACGGCGACACCGACUUUUACAACUACGAUACUGCCGUGUCCUUUGACACCUCUGUGUACCCAGUCGGGCGGUUCGCCAACGAGUUUGGCUUCAUCAGCAUGCCCAGCAUCCAGACAUGGAAACAGGCUGUUGAUCCGGAAGAUCUGUCAUUCAACUCCACAACAGUUAUUCUACGAAAUCACCACUAUCCCGCCGGUGGCUUGACGAGAAACAUUCGCAACAGCACUCUGGGACAAGUCGAGAUGACGCUGGCUGUAGAGCGAUACUACCCAACUCCAGACAAGACCGAUCCAGUAGCCAACUUUUCCUCCUGGUGCCACGCUACGCAGCUUUUCCAGGCAGACAUGUACAAAUCUGAGAUUCAGUUUUACAGACGGGGCAGCGGCUUGCCGGAGAGACAGCUCGGAUCUCUGUACUGGCAGCUCAACGACAUAUGGCAGGCUCCCACCUGGGCCGGCCUUGAGUACGACGGACGCUGGAAAGUCUUGCCGUAUGUUUCUCGCAGGACGUAUGAGCACGUUAUUGCGUCUGCGUUUUGGAACUACACUUCAAACGAUCUAGAGAUCUGGGUUACUUCUGAUCUCUGGGAGGCUGCGUCUGGUCAAGUGUCUCUCACCUGGGUCGAUCUCAAGGGCAAACCCAUAGAGAACAACGCCGGCAUGCCCAAGUCUGUCGAUUUCCACGUCGGCGCCAUCAACACCACCCGGAUCAUCUCCACCAACAUAUCAUCCAAUCUCAAAAUCCCAGACCCCAGAGACGCAGUCCUCAUCAUCCAACUCACCGCCGAAGGCAAACUCCCCAAUGCGUCCAACAAGCAGCUCACGACUUUUACGCAUCAUAAUCACUUCCUCCCCGUCUGGCCCAACCAGGCCAAAGUAACUGACCCCAGGCUGAAGUUGUCUUACAACAAGUCGACAAAGAAAUUUACGGUCGAGGCUACGGCUGGCGUGUCGCUGUAUACGUGGUUGACCCAUCCAGCGGGCGUCUUGGGCUUCUUUGACGAUAACGCGUUUGUGUUGAGGCCGGGUGAGAAGAAGGAAAUUGGGUUUACUUUGCAGGAGGAUACGACCGGGGGGAAGUGGGUUGAGGGAGUGACGGUGGAGAGUCUGUGGGAUUUGACGACGCCAUGA